AUGACCUGGAAAAAGUAUACACAUUUAGAACCAUUUGGUGUUGAUUUGGUUGGUUGUUCUGGGGGAGGUGGAGGAGUACCAGAGCCACCUGGAAUGAUAUGCAAUGCAUAUUCAGGUGAUACAAAUUGUGAUACGUCACUUCCAAUUCUGUGUGUCAAAUACGACGAUAGUCCGCAGCCAACAAUUCCUGUAACAUGGAACUAUUCUUUUGGUUGGAAUCGAGGACAUAUUCGUUUGACAAGUUCAGUUCGAGGCUCAGUAUUUCGAGAUCUGUCAGAAGUAAACGAAUUUUGUGGAGUUAUAUUUGGUAAUGGAUGGCGCACAGCUACAUUUCAUGAUGGAGGAGGUGGGUGGAAUUAUUAUUCAUAUGGAAAUAUAUCUUCUGAUAAACGAUUUUGGGUACAUGUUAAUGAUCAAGAUGCAAACUGUUGGAAUCGGUAA